CGCGACUCUGAGUUACGUACUGGGCGACAUCCUUUCUACUGAACUGCGCAUGCGACCGACACGCUGCGUAACAAUCCCAUCCAGUGCUCGACUUCCGAUCAUGUCCACCGUUUGAUCAUGCAACGCUUCGAAACAAUCCCCUGAACUCGUAGCACAACUACCUCCCAUCAUGUCCGCCAGCGCCGCCGCAAGCUUGUCGCAUCGUACCGUUUCGAGCAUCCGCGGUGGUGGCCAGUCCACAAGGGACGGCGUGCCAGCCACGCCCAUACGCCCCCUCUCCUCCUCAGUAUUGGGAUCACCCUCAGGUGGCAGUGGUCGUGUCGAAGAGGAUGCGCUCAUAGUCGAGCUGGGUUGUCGAAGAAUACGUGUUGGCUUCGCGGGAGAUCCGACACCGAAACGCAUCAUUACUUUCGACGCGGAAUCAGACAAGCGGACGGGCGACCUACGAGCUUGGGAACCUGGCUACACCGAGAGCUGGCGAACAAGAACAGUCGGCUGCUCGUGGGGGGGCCACCAGGAGCUCUUUCAACUCGAAUGUAGAGGGCAAGACCUGGCUUUGGUGGGCGACAGGCUCGAACGUGGGCUGCGAGAUGCCCUCGCAAGACACCUCCUGAUCGAUUCAAAGCCGAGGAGAGUCUCUUUGGUUCUUCCGCCUGCUCUGCCCUUACCGAUCCUCUCUUCCGUUCUCGACACCAUCUUCACCCGUUUCCAUGCGCCGUCCAUAUCCUUGCUGUCAUCGCCGGCCACCACGACCUUUGCUGCUGGCAUACGGUCAGCAUUGGUCGUCGACAUUGGCUGGCACGAGACCACGGUAUCUGGAAUAUACGAAUACCGCGAAGUGAACACAUGGCGCACAACAAGAGCAGGCAAGAUGCUUUUAGAAGAGACGCGGGAUUUCUUGGUUGGUGCCAUUGACGGCCGAGCACCGGGCAUAUCUCAGGACACAUCAUCGGCUACCGAUAAUGUAAUCAGCUUCGAAGACUGUGAAGAGGUAGCAACACGAAUUCUAUGGUGCAAAAAGCCGCACAGAAAGCCGAGCCAGAAUAUUCCUGAAGGCUUGUCGACGCUUCACGAGGAGGACGAAACCGAAACUAUAGAUCCUGCAGAGGAUACAGCCCCUACAUCUAUUUUCCUUCCAUCUUGCAGACCACCACGGACUGUACAGAUACCAUUCUCGCGACUUUCGGAACCUUGCGAAAAGACGUUUUUCGAUACACCGUAUGCUCUUGCCAGUUUUGAUGAUGAUGAGCUUCCCCUACAUUUGUUGGUAUACCUCAGCCUGCUUAAACUGCCAAUGGACGUACGCGCCGUUUGCAUGUCCCGAAUCAUAUUCACCGGUGGUUGUUCCAGCAUUUUAGGGAUUCGUGGCCGCAUCUUUGACGAAGUAUGUCUGCUUGCAGAGGAACGGGGUUGGGAUCCCAUCCAGGGUCGUGGCGUUCACGCGUACCGAAACAAUCCCAAACUAAAGCGCAACGGUGAUUCUGUCAAUGGUAGCGAAGGAUCUAUACCGACGAUACAGACCUCACCAUCAUCGGAGGGCAAAGGAGAAUCGAACCCAUCGGUACAUCCCGCCCACGUGCCGCCUGAAGAGGACCCAAUCGAGACCGCUAUCUGGAAAGAGAAGGGCCACAAGCCACCUGUCCAAGGCACACUACGUGUAAUUGACUCAAUGGGACCAUGGGCUGGUGCGAGUCUGGCAACGCAGCUCAAGAUCCCGGCGCUUGCAGCGGUAGAACGCGAUCUUUGGCUAGCGCAAGGACUCGGUGGUGCCACCAAAACUAACGAAAUCGAUGUGCAGGCACAGCAAACGCGGACAUCAAGACAGAGCAUGGGGCCCGGAGGACUCUUGAGAGGCCAAGGGGUAAGUGGUGGAAACUGGACUCUAGGGGUCUGGGGUGUCGCGUAGGAGUCUACAAUUUAAGAAAAGAAGAAGACAUCCAUCCAAGCUUGUAUGCCCAACAAGAAAUUGUGACGUGUGCAAGGCAUUUGGGGCACAGACUGCAUUUAAAGUCCUUUCUAGCAUCUCGUGAUGCAUCUAGUAUGCUUGUAUGCUGGAUCGAGUGCCUUUCUCGGUCAUGAACAGAGCUUCAUGUGCCACCUUAUUGGCAAAAUCAUAACGACGCAACGCUAUGCGUACUCACAGUGGAUCGACCAUCCUUUCUGGUCGCCUCUAAUUAUCCUCCGUGUCGUUCGGAGGCCGCGGAGUUCUACUCAUGAUUCUACUCGGAUUGCUCUGUGUUGGCUUCCUUAACGGCCGUGGUCUUCUUGCCCUUGCCCUUUCCCUUUCCCUUGCCCUUUCCCUUUCCCUUGCCCUUUCCCUUUCCCUUGCCCUUGCCCUUCCC